AUGCCGGGAAUUGUCAAUAAUAAUACUUCUGGUAAUCUCCCAAGUUCUGCAUCAAGAACCUAUGGAUACCAAUUGAAUGGUUCCGCAGACGCCUUCGAUCCGACAGGUAAUCUUCAAAAUCCACAGCAGGGGUCUGUGGUGGCUGCUUCAGCGCCUCAGAAUGGCAACACUGCCCGACCACUUCAGAAUGGCGGCACCACUCAACCGUCUCUUCCUGUUCCCGCUGGCGCAGAUGCUGCCAUUUGGAGCAGACUAUGUACCGGUAUGUAA